AGCGACGCAGAGGUCGCUACAGAGCGACGCAGAGGUCGCUACAGAGAGGCGCAGAGGUCGCUACAGAACGACGCAGAGGUCGCUACAAAGCGGCGUAGAGGUCGCUACAGAGCGACGCAGAGGUCGCUACAAAGCGGCGCAGAGGUCGCUACAGAGCGACGCAGAAGUCGCUACAAAGCGGCGCAGAGGUCGCUACAGAGCGACGCAGAGGUCGCUACAGAGCGCGCAGAGGCCGCUACAAAGCGGCGCAGAGGUCGCUACAGAGCGACGGACAGGGUCGCUACAAAGCGGCGCAGAGGUCGCUACAGAGCGGCGCAGAGGCCGCUACAAAGCGGCGCAGAGGUCGCUACAGAGCGGCGCAGAGGUCGCUACAAAGCGGCGCAGAGGUCGCUACAGAGCGACGCAGAGGUCGCUACAGACCGGCGCAGAGGCCGCUACAGACCGGCGCAGAGCCCGCUACAGACCGGCGCAGAGGCCGCUACAGAGCGGCGCAGAGGCCGCUACAGAGCGGCGCAGAGGCCGCUACAGACCGGUGGACAGGGUCCCUACAGAGCGCCACAGAGGUCGCUACAAAGCGGUGGAGAGGUCGCUACAGAGCGGCGCAGAGACCACUACAGAGCGGCGCAGAGGCCGCUACAGAGCGGCGCAGAGGCCGCUACAGAGCGGCGCAGAGGUCGCUACAGAGCGGCGCAGAGGCCGCUACAGAGCGACGCAGAGGUCGCUACAGAGCGGAGGCGCAGAGGCCGCUACAGAGCGGCGCAGAGGCCGCUACAGAGCGACGCAGAGGUCGCUACAGAGCGACGCAGAGGUCGCUACAGAGCGACGCAGAGGCCGCUACAAAGCGGCGCAGAGGUCGCUACAGAGCGACGCAGAGGCCGCUACAGACCGGCGCAGAAGCCGCUACAGACCGGCGCAGAGGCCGCUACAGAGCGACGCAGAGGUCGCUACAGAGCGACGCAGAGGUCACUACAGAGCGGGUGGACAGGGUCCCUACAGAGCGCCGCAGAGGUCGCUACAGAGCGACGCAGAGGCCGCUACAGACCAGCGCAGAGGCCGCUACAGAGCGACGCAGAGGCCGCUACAGAGCGACGCGAGGCCGCUACAGACCAGCGCAGAGGCCGCUACAGAGCGACGCAGAGGCCGCUACAGAGCGACGCAGAGGCCGCUACAGACCAGCGCAGAGGUCGCUACAGAGCGACGCAGAGGUCGCUACAGAGCGACGCAGAGGUCGCUACAGAGCGACGCAGAGGUCGCUACAGAGCGACGCAGAGGUCGCUACAGAGCGACGCAGAGGUCGCUACAGAGCGACGCAGAGGUCGCUACAGAGCGACGCAGAGGUCGCUACAGAGCGACGCAGAGGUCGCUACAGAGCGACGCAGAGGUCGCUACAGAGCGGGUGGACAGGGUCCCUACAGAGCGCCGCAGAGGUCGCUACAGAGCGACGCAGAGGCCGCUACAGACCAGCGCAGAGGCCGCUACAGAGCGACGCAGAGGCCGCUACAGAGCGACGCAGAGGCCGCUACAGACCAGCGCAGGGUCGCUACAGAGCGACGCAGGGUCGCUACAGAGCGACGCAGAGGCCGCUACAGAGCGACGCAGAGGCCGCUACAGAGCGACGCAGAUGCCGCUACAGAGCGACGCAGAGGCCGCUACAGAGCGACGCAGAGGCCGCUACAGAGCGACGCAGAGGCCGCUACAGACCGGCGCAGGGCUCGCUACCCGGCGCCGGUGGACAGGGUCGCUACAGAGCGACGCAGAGGCCGCUACAGACCGGCGCAGGGUUCGCUACCCGGCGCCGGUGGACAGGGUCGCUACAGAGCGGCGCAGAGGCCGCUACAGAGCGGCGCAGAGGCCGCUACAGACCAGCGCAGAGGCCGCUACAGAGCGGCGCAGAGGUCGCUACAGAGCGGCGCAGAGGCCGCUACAGACCAGCGCAGAGGUCGCUACAGAGCGGCGCAGAGGUCGCUACAGAGCGGCGCAGAGGCCGCUACAGACCAGCGCAGAGGUCGCUACAGAGCGGCGCAGAGGUCGCUACAGAGCGGCGCAGAGGCCGCUACAGAGCGGCGCAGAGGCCGCUACAGACCGGCGCAGAGGCCGCUACAGAGCGACGCAGAGGUCGCUACAGAGCGACGCAGAGGUCGCUACAGAGCGACGCAGAGGUCGCUACAGAGCGACGCAGAGGCCGCUACAGAGCGACGCAGAGGCCGCUACAGACCAGCGCAGAGGCCGCUACAGAGCGACGCAGAGGUCGCUACAGAGCGACGCAGAGGUCGCUACAGAGCGACGCAGAGGUCGCUACAGAGCGACGCAGAGGUCGCUACAGAGCGACGCAGAGGUCGCUACAGAGCGACGCAGAGGUCGCUACAGAGCGACGCAGAGGCCGCUACAGAGCGACGCAGAGGUCGCUACAGAGCGACGCAGAGGUCGCUACAGAGCGACGCAGAGGUCGCUACAGAGCGACGCAGAGGCCGCUACAGACCGGCGCAGGGCUCGCUACCCGGCGCCGACAGCAAUAAAAACACUCGCGCCAUCACCAUAAUAACCUGGACCUAA